UUCCAAUUUAUCUGGAAUUUUAGAUAUUACUUCAAACAUUAAAAUUCACUUUAAACAACACUUUGAUCGACUUAUGAAGGCGAGAAAUUAUACUUUUGAUGAGAUGUGCUUUUCAGUAGUAAUUAAUAUUUGUAGUCUUAGAGGAAAUAUUAAGACUUCAACAGUGAAAAAUUUUUAUAAUGGUGUUAGUGGUAGUAAA